GGAUUGUUCACUUCCGUCGCCGUUGCGUAGUAACUUCCUGAUUGUGACAACAAACAUGGCGGCGCCCUUAGCACUACACCUGGAGUUUGGAGGAGGGGCGGAGCUUCUGUUUGACGGCAUCAAGGAGCAUCAUGUGACUCUGCCCAGCCAAUCAGAGCUCUGGGACAUGAAGCAGCUGCUGGUCUGGAUCAGACAGAACCUGUUAAAGGAGCGGCCCGAGCUCUUUGUCCAGGGGGACACCGUGAGGCCUGGGAUCCUGGUGCUCAUUAAUGAAGCUGACUGGGAACUCCUGGGAGAGUUGGGGUACCAGCUUCAGGACCAGGAUAAUGUAGUGUUCAUCUCCACUCUCCACGGAGGUUAGAACUAAACACACACACAGACACACCGCCUCACCCAGACGCACGUCCUGGUCUGCACUUACUGGUCUAGAAGUCCACCCGGACCGUGGACCCCACCCCGCUCUCAAGACGUCUCCUCUCCUAUUGUCCCUCUGACACAGCAGAAAAAAAACUCCAGUGUUUGGUUGACACACACACACACACAACUUGGGCCAACCCACUGUCAGUAUACUGGGAUGCUGUGAUUUAUGUUCUGUGGGGACAUUGUCCUCAAACCUGUGACAGGGUGAAGUCCACUCCUAUGUCAUUUUGUCCCUAUAUGCGCUCUGGUUCAACGCGAUAUCCACCCUACGACAUUUCAACCAUACACACACAGCAAGGACACAGUGGAUAUGGAUGUUUUUUGUGUUCCUUUAUUUUAUUUCUCAAAUAAAAAAAUUACAAAUGUCAGCUCA